UAAAUAAUUUAAGAUUCGGUCUCCGUUGACAUUUUUAGCUGGUCAUGAAUUAUGUCAAAUGUAAAUCAAAUAAAUAAAUUCAACAAAACAGCCACAAUCUAAAUAUUGAAUUGAAUUAAAUAAAUAUAUUCUGCACUCGUGUAUAAUGGCUUCGAAUAGUAAAAAAAUUACACCCAACAUCUACGGACGCGUUUCAAAUCCACCAGACGCGAGACACAUAAACUUUUGCACGGAUUUCGAUAAGUCGAUAGUUGUGAACAGUUUCCUAAGACGUGGUUGGAAACAAGUAUCGCCCGAUGAAAAUUGGCACAUAUACUGGGCCAACACGUUAAAUUGCCGGACUCUAUUCAGCUUGGACGGCGGGUGCAGACUGAACGAUAACCAACUCAUCAACCACUUCCCCAAUCACUACGAACUGGUAAGAAAGGAUUUACUCGUGAAAAACAUAAAACGAUACAGGAAGGAACUCGAAAAGGAAGGCAAUCCCCUCGCGGAGAAAACAGAAACGAAACUUCCAUGCGGACAAGUGAUCACACGCUAUUUAUAUUUAGAUUUUAUCCCCCUUACAUUCAUUUUGCCAUCAGACUACACCAUGUUCGUCGAAGAGUACCGAAAACAUCCCCAAACGACGUGGAUUCUAAAACCGUGCGGCAAAUCCCAAGGCGCCGGCAUUUUCCUUAUAAACAAGCUGUCAAAACUUAAAAAAUGGUCGCGCGAAUCAAAAAAAUAUUUGCAGCAUCAUCUCACGAGCAAGGACACUUAUGUUAUAUCACGGUACAUAGAUAAUCCGUUGUUGAUCGGAGGGAAGAAAUUCGAUUUAAGGAUUUACAUUCUCGUUACAUCGUUUCGCCCUUUAAAAGCUUACAUGUUCCGCAACGGAUUUUGCAGGUUUUGUACAAUGAAAUACGAUACUAGUGUGGCCGAACUCGAGAACAUGUACAUUCACCUCACUAAUGUGAGCGUGCAAAAACACGGCGAAGAUUACAACAGCCAACACGGAGGAAAGCUCGGCCUGCAAAAUUUAAAGCUAUACUUGGAAGGAACACGCGGCCGAAAAGUAACAGACCGACUGUUCGAAGAGAUACAGUGGUUGAUAGUUCAUUCGCUGAAGGCGGUAGCGCCUGUGAUGUCAAAUGACCGCCAUUGCUUUGAGUGUUACGGCUACGACAUCAUAAUCGAUGAUAACUUAAAACCCUGGCUUAUCGAAGUGAACGCCUCUCCGUCGAUGACUGCGACGACUGCCAACGACAGAAUUCUCAAAUAUAAGCUGGUGGAUAGUAUGUUGUCAGUUGUGUUGCCUCCCGACGGAGUGCCGGACGCUCGCUGGAAUAAAUCGCCCACCGAGGAAGCUUUGGGGGAUUUUCAGACUCUUAUCGACGAAGAUUCCAUUUACAAAGGGAAUUUCGAACUGCAACGUCGUGAAAGUAAAUACAUACGGUUCAAACCAAACUGAAGUCCAAAUGUGAUGCGUUAUGAAAUAAAAUAUGCAAAUAUUGGAGUUUUCA